AUGUCUCCCACUCAAUUCCGUCUAAUAUUCAACGUCCCCCCCACCGGCCUUGCGGCCUGCAAAGCCGCCAUAUUUGCUGCCGGGGCUGGCCGCUACCCCGGUGGGAAGUAUACCGAGUGUUGCUGGACCACUGCUGGAACGGGCCAAUUCCGCCCAGGUGAUGCUGCUAACCCCCAUAUUGGGACUGUGGGGGCCUUGGAGGAGACCCCGGAGGUCCGGGUUGAGACGAUCUGUGUGGGAGAGGAUGUUGCACGGCGGGCUGUGGAGGCGUUGAAGAGGGCUCAUCCAUAUGAGCAGCCGUCGUAUAGUGUUUUCCGAAUGGAGGAUUUUUGAUCAUUAGUAUUGGAAGUGUGAGUUAUGUAAUGGUGCGGCUUAGAAGGGUGGAAGCGAGU